AUGAUGAAGAGAAUUACAAAACNAGAAUUACAAAACUUGUCUUUGGAUCAAUUAAAUGCCAUGCUGGAGGAUUUGGAAGCAUGUGUACGGGAAUAUUCAGCGGUACUCGUACAAGAGUUAGCCUAUCGAGAGGAAUUGGAUUUCGAGCAGGAACAAAAAGACAUAUUUAUUGCACGUUUGGACGAGAUGCACCGACGAUUAGAGCGACGGCUUCGUCGUGCCAGUAUGCCACCAGUCAAUCGCGGUCGCCUGCAUGAUGAUAAGCCUCCAUCAAAUGCAAUCUCCAAUCCGUCCGAAGAUUUUGCUUUUGAAAUUUCCACCGGUGAUGAUGUAGAUUCUCCGAUUCCUCGCCGGGCUGCUCCAAAGCAACAACAUGUUUCAAAAGAAGCAACUCCAGUUCUGUCACGUGCACAGUCUGCCGCUCAGGCCGCAGUCGCAGUUGCCUCUUCAGCUAUUCGACGUCAAUGGCAUCGUCUUAGUCGUGGUCCCGACGAAUUGGCNCGAAUUGGCAGCUGUGGACCAGUACAUGUCUCCGCACCGGCAACCAAUAACUUCUGUCCCGACGGAUUCGCCUCGUGCAGUUACUAUAGCGCGGCUGCAGCGUUGCUUCGUCGAGCAAAUCGUCGUUCUGAGCCGACUAAAUCGACCUUGUCCUGUAUGCGUGAAGCGCGUUCCGCGUUGACUUCACCUACCGCCUCACAGACGGAGUUGCCUCCUUUCCCGACCACCCUUACUCAUUCGGCUUCUGGACAUUUGGUUGGCCACCAUGAAUUAAGUUCUGAUGAUUUAGAGUACAAGAAUCUCACCACCACAAUACCUUAUCAUCGAUCACCAUAUCACGAGGGACCUACCGUGGAACAGCUGCAACUGUUCAACGAGAUGCUACUGGCCAUCCUCACGAACAAUCCGAACCUCACACCAAUGUUAACGGACUACAUUCUGAAUGAUCUCCUAGGAGCUGGUGAUCAUGUGUCAUCCAUGUAG